AUGGUUGAACAUGAGAUUCUUCACGCUCUCGGCUUCUUCCACGAACAGUCCAGAUAUGACAGAGAUGAUUAUGUGACCAUUGUAUGGAACAACAUCCUUGAAGGUACAGAUCAUAAUUUUGGUAUGGUUGGCAGUGAUGUAAGUACCACCCAUAGAACACCAUAUGACUACUGGUCAGUGAUGCACUCCAGCAAAUAUGCUUUCACCAAUGGAAAUGGCCCUACCAUCAUCACCAAAGACCCCAAAUUCCAAAAUGUUAUUGGGCAAAGUCUGGAGAUGAGUUACUAUGAUGUUCUGGAGCUAAAUCGUCUCUACAAUUGCGAUUCAACUAUUGCCUUUAACAUGUACUGUGGCUUUUCAACUGGAACCAUGUGCAGAAUGGAUCGUUGUUCACAGGGUGACAUCCGCUGGGAACUGGUAACACAAGUUAUAACCGGUCCAUUUUCUGAUCACACAACUCAACCUGGUGAAAGCAAAGAUUACAGUGGAGAAGUAGGCUACUUCAUGCAUGUUAACACAGCCACAGGUCAGGAGGGAGAAACAGCACAACUGGAAACUCAGAGGAUGACUCCCAAAAGAGACUUUCAUAUCCAGUGUCUGCAGUUCUACUAUUACCACAGUGGAGAUGAGUCUGAUGUUCUCAACAUCUGGAUCAGAGAGUUUGAGAAUGAACAGGACUCAACAGGAACCCGACGCCUCAUGGGGCAGAUUACUGGAUCCCAAACAUCUCACUGGAGGCUUCAUCAUGUUUCCUUAAAGGCUUCUAAGAGCUUCCAGGUGGUGUUUGAAGCUCAGAAAGGAGCAGGACUCGCAUCAGGAGGCUUCUCAGUUGAUGACAUCAAUCUGUAUGAGACUGAAUGUCCACAUUUACCACUGCAGAUUGAUGACUUUGAGAGAGUGCUGAAGACUAGUUUCUAUGGAUCCCGCAGAUACAGUUCACGGCAGUACUCCAGUGAGGGUUAUGCUUACCGGUUUGCUGUUAUAUUUUACAAGAGAUAUGCUGGAGUGUUCAUGCAACUCUUGUCUGGUGAUUAUGAUGAUCAGUUAGAGUGGCCUUGUUUAGGGAGACAAAUGACUUUUCAAAUGCUGGAUCAGACUCCCAACAUUCAGCAGCAGAUGUCAAAGCAGAGGAGCUUCACCACAAGUGUAAAUGAUCCCUCUGCUUGGUGGAGCAACCCUCGUGAGACUGGAACUCAGCUGUUUGUAGAUGAGAAUAAUCAAGCAGUCUAUGGUGGACCACUUAUAGGUUUCCGAUAUUUUGUAUAUUUGGAAGAAACACAAGACAGAGAGUUUUUGAAAGGAGAAAGUGCUGUCUUUGCUCUUAACUUUCAAGAUCUCAAUCCACUAAUUAAUGGAAAUUCUCUUCAAUGUCCUCAAGUGAGACCAAUAAACUCUACAGUUCCUCCCACCAACGUUGAUGGACGCCCAUGUUUUUGCCGCAUCCUCUUUUGCCACUCUCCCGACAUGGUGCCUUCUGUCACUUUGAUCUUCUUCCUGGCGCUGAUGAUUCUGGCACCUUGAUGUGGAUGCUUGGAUUUUUUAUUUGAAUUUAAAAUAAGGUGAUAAAACUGUUGAAAUCAGAAAUGUAUUGGUUUUUGGUAAACUUGUGACAGUAAACGGUCUUUUUUAAUUUUUAUUUUUUUAGGAACAAGAAAAUUGACAUAUAAAAGAAAAAUGUUAUUGAUUUGAAGGAAGGAGGGUUUUUUUUUUUGGUCCAAAGGGCUGGACGCAAAUUCAAAUAAAAUCACUAAGCAAUAAAAUACAAUAAAAAAUAUAUCACAGUGGGGCAAAAAAGUAAUUAAUCGGCCACCAAUUGUGGAAGUUCUCCCUCUUAAUAACUACAGAUAAGAGAGGCAUGUCAUUUUCAUCAUAGGUAUUUUUCAACUGUGAGAGAAAAUGAAAAUAAAAAAAUCCAGAAAAUCACAUCGUCUGAUUUCUACAAGAAUUUAAUUGUAAGUUAUGGUGGAAAAUACGUAUUUGGUCGAUAACAAAAGUUCAGCGCAGUACUUCAUGAAAUACGCUAUGUUGCAAUGACAACAGCCUGUGAGUCUUCACAAGGUUUUAACAAACUGUUGUUGAUCUUUGGCCCAUUCCUCCAUGCAGAUCUCGUCUAGAGCAGAGAGGUUUUCAAGCUGUUGCUAUGCAACACGUACUUUCAACUCCCUCCAAAGAUUUUCCAAGGGGUUGAGAUCUGGAGACUGGCUAGGCCACUCCAGGACCUCGAAAUGCUUCUUACGAAGUCACUCCUUCAUUACCCAGCAGAGUGUUUAAGAUCGUUGUCAUGCUGAAAGACCCGGACAUGUUUCAUCUUCAGUGUCCUUACUGAUGAAAAGAGGUUUAAGGUCAAAAUCUGCCCAUACUCUCUGAAUCUGACCAUCCAUUCAUUCUUUCAGUUACAUCGAUCAGUCGUCCUGGUCACUUUAGUGAAAAACACCCCCAAUGCUUUACAGUAGGUAUGAUGUUCUUUAGCUGCAAUUAAGCAUUUUUUCUCCUCCAAGCAUGAGGAAUGCCUAUGAUGGAAAUUACAGGCCUCUUUCAUCUUUUUAAGUGGGAAACCUUACUAA